AUGAACCCUGAGCCUGUUGUCAUCGUCUCCGCUGCUCGGACACCCAUAGGGUCUUUGAAUGGCGCCUUGUCCACGCUGCCUCUGCACGACCUGUGUUCAGUGGUUAUCAAGGAUGUCCUGAAACGGGCUGCGGUGAAGCCAGAAGAGGUCUCUGAGGUUAUCAUGGGACAUGUCCUAACAGCAGGUCAUGGGCAGAACCCGGCUCGUCAGGCCAGCGUUGGAGCAGGCAUCCCUUACCCUGUCCCGGCCUGGAGCUGUCAGAUGGUGUGCGGCUCUGGGCUGAAGGCCGUGUGUCUGGGAGCUCAAUCCAUCCAGUCUGGAGAGUCCACGGUGGUGGUGGCAGGCGGCAUGGAGAGUAUGAGCAAGGCUCCUCACACGCUGCACAUGAGAGCAGGUGUGAAAAUGGGCGACGCCUCCCUGAAGGACUCCAUGGUGGCUGACGGCCUGACAGACGCCUUCCAUGGCUACCACAUGGGCAUCACAGCUGAGAACGUGGCGAAGCAGUGGGCGGUCAGUCGAGAGGAGCAGGAUCGGUUUGCCGUCCAGUCCCAGAACAAAACAGAGGCGGCACAGAAAGCAGGACAUUUUGAGCAAGAGAUCGUCCCGGUCAUGGUGCCGUCCAGACAAGGUUCAGUGGAGGUGAAGGUGGAUGAGUUUCCUCGUCACGGCAGCAGCAUGGACAACAUGUCCAAACUCAGACCCUGCUUCAUCAAGGACAGCAGUGGCACUGUCACCGCUGGAAACGCGUCAGGUAUAAAUGAUGGUGCAGCAGCAACUGUCCUCAUGAGCCAAUCAGAGGCUGGGAGACGCGGCAUAAAACCCAUGGCCAGAAUAGUUUCGUGGGCUCAAGCUGGUCUUGACCCGUCCAUCAUGGGAACUGGACCAAUACCAGCCAUCAGGAAAGCGGUUGAGAAAGCAGGCUGGGAGCUGGACCAGGUCGACUUAUUUGAGAUCAAUGAAGCAUUCGCUGCCCAGUCUAUUGCUGUGGUCAAAGAGCUCGGCCUGAAUGCAGACAAGGUGAAUGUGAGCGGUGGUGCCAUCUCUCUGGGCCAUCCCAUUGGUAUGUCCGGCUGCAGAGUGCUGGUGACCUUGUUGCACGCUCUCCAGAGGACCGGAGGACGUAAGGGUGUGGCGUCCCUCUGCAUCGGAGGAGGGAUGGGCAUCGCCAUGUGCGUGGAGACAGUUUGAGAUGAAAAAUGGAACGCUGCUUCACGGAGUUGCACUCGAUCUCAUCUUUUUAAAACUGAUGAAAGAAACUCAAGUGUUUACACCGCAGGACGUGGUAUUAAAUGGGUUCUUCUACAUUACUGUACUGGAGGUACAAGUGAUGGGUAUAUGUUGUGAUUGUUGGAUCUUAUCCAGCCAAUAGCCAUUCUCACUGUGAACUUUAAUUCAACCUUGCUCAGGCUCUAGCUGUAUAGCAUGUGGCUUAAUGUUAGAGGACCUUUUCUUUAAUUUAAUGUUAAAUUAAAAUGUAAACUAAAAUUGUUCUUACAAGGUACUGGACGUACUAAAUAUGCACUUACUGAAGUUAGUUUUUCCUUUUGAGAUGAAUAGUCUAGAAAAACCAAACAUAACCUGUAAAAGCUUCAUUAGUUCCCUCUGAAGACGAGCUACCAUCUGUGUGAAGUAUAAUUUAACUUGUGAUGUUUGAUGUACUAUGUUCAAGAAAACAGAUACUGACCAACAUUCCACUUUCAUAAAUUGUGUAGAAACUUAGCCAAGUGCCACAAGGUUAAACACGUCAGCCUUCUUUAACCUCAUGCAGGAAGUCCAUGAUCAGAUGUUUGUGAAAAUGUCAUCUAGCUGUUCUUCAUAUCAAUAAAUAACUGAGUCAAAAACUUC